AUGCGUCUCUUCGCCCGCAAGACGUCGAAGCCCACCCAUUCUCCUGGCGCCAGCCAGCCAAAUGAUUCCAAUGGCUCUCUCAAAUCCCCCGUACCAGGCUCUGCCAAUGGCUCGAAGACGCCUACAAUCAACAUUCCUGACGUACCUCUCCCAAAAGCUCCCGACCCGUCGCUCGAUCCUGCCGGUUACCUUCGUAGCAUCUACGCUGUUCGUGAGCGAUCAAGGCUCGUGCUCGAGAAGGCGAAAAAGAACCAGCUGAAGCAUUUCACCGUGGACAUGAGCAAGUUCCAGGACGCUGCAGGUUAUGUGGUCUCUAUCAUCAAGCGCGAUUACGCCCCCGAUUAUGCUUCAAUACCUCCACAUGGACGAUGGCAACAUUUCGAAGUCGGCGGCCGCCCGCGCGUCGAACAACUUAUGCAAUCCUGGCCCAAGACUGUCGACAACCAGGAACGUACCCGUCGCCUCAUUGAUCUUUUCCUAGUAUCUGUGCUUCUCGACGCUGGAGCUGGAACAAAAUGGCAGUAUCGCAGCAAAGAGUCUGGCAGGUUCUAUCGCAGAAGUGAAGGUCUCGCUGUGGCCAGUUUGGAAAUGUUCAAGGCUGGCGCUUUCAGCAGCAAUCCCAACGAACCUUGCCAGGUCGAUAGUGCCGGUCUCAAGAAAUUGGACGUUAAGGCUGUGGCACGUGGACUCCAAGUUACCGAACAAAACCCAUUGGAUGGUCUUGAGGGACGCGCUGGUCUGUUGCUUAAACUCGCCGACGCUUUGCAGAAUCAGGAGGUAUUUGGGCUGGAAGCGCGACCUGGAAACAUGCUGGACUACCUACUGUCGCAUCCAUCAACGCAGGCCUCAUCAGUUCCCAUCAUCCCACUCCCCACUCUAUGGAACGUGCUCAUGGACAGUCUGGCACCAAUCUGGCCCUCAACACGCACACAAAUCGACGGUAUCUCUAUUGGCGACGCAUGGCCGUGCUCAGUUAUGCCGUCGCAUCCUACCCAUCCCUGGGAGAAUAUCGUGCCAUUCCAUAAGCUUACCCAAUGGCUCACGUACUCACUCAUGGUGCCAAUGACCAAGCUUCUCAAUGUUCAUUUUGCCGGUGCCGAUCUCCUAACCGGACUUCCCGAGUACCGCAACGGCGGUCUGCUCAUCGACACCGGCUUGCUGACUCUGAAACCCGAGGAUGCGAAGCGCGGAUUGGCCCAAUACCAUCGCAAUGCCCAGGUCAAGGGCCAACCCAGCGUGGAGGUCGUCCCAAUGUUCACAGCCGACGACGAUGUUAUUGUCGAAUGGCGCGCCGUCACGGUGGGAUUCUUGGAUGAACUUCUCGCCGAAGUCAACACGCUCCUCGGUCUUAGUGGACGAGACAAAUUGAGCCUGGCCCAGAUGCUCGAGGCCGGCAGCUGGAAGGGCGGCCGAGAGAUUGCAGAGGUGUCGCGGCCCAACACCAAAGAACCGCCAAUCAUGAUCUUGUCUGAUGGAACCGUUUUCUAA